AUGUGUAAGAACCAACACCACCAUUGUUCCUGCUGUAUCAAGAAGCAUUUGGAAAACUCCGCGUUCUGUCCGACAUGUCUUGAACACCUCAGUGUUGAUACACUGAACGAAGUUCCGCGGAUUGUAAACGAUUAUAUAUCUGAGCUGAAUAUUCGAUGUGAUUUCUACCCCAGAGGAUUCCCUGAAAUAGUUCAAGUUGAAAAUCUCAAACGUCACGUUGGAAGUUGUGGAUUCUCUCCCGUGCAAUGUUCUAAUGAUGGAUGUAAUGUUCUCGUGAAUACCAGCAACAAGCUUGACCACGAAACUGAAGUAUGUGAUUUUGGGAAAUUGAAAUGUCAUCAGUGUGGUCAACUAAAAAACGAAGUGAGGGAAUUGAGAGAUGAAAUGUUGGCUCGUCAAAAGAAAAUGAAAAAUGAAAUGAAGGAUAUGAAACAGGAAGUAAAGGAAAUGAUUAGAAAUGAAAUAGAAAGAAUAAAAAUGGAACUGAAAAAUGAUAUAAAAAAUGAAGUGAAAGGCAUGAAUGUAGAAAUAAAAAAUCAAAUGAAAGAAAUGAGAGAAGAAGUAAAAACUGGAAUAAAGGGAGAAGUGAAUAGGAUAAAAGAAGAAAUGAAAAAUGAAAUGAGAGGAAUGAAAGUGGAAAUAAGAAAUGAAAUGAAGGGAAUAAUAAAAAACUGA